UACAUUGCCCAAGACCACACUUCAGGCCAAGGCUCUAGAUGUUCGCUGCCAGGAGACAUAUGUCUGCGAAGGCUGCAGGCCUCAAAAAUAUCACUCUUGGACUCAUUCCUGCCGACGGCAUUGGCCUCGAAGUGAUUGCUGCAAGUCACCAACGCUAUCUGAUUUCACAUCACUAACUCGCUCCAGUCUACUAGAAAUGUGCUUGCUGCUCUGCCAAAGUCUGACGGCGUAACAUUCAGCUUCAUCGACCUUGACGCUGGCUGGGACCAUUUCCAGAAGACAGGAACAGCUUUGCCAGAGGAGACACUGCAGAGACUCAGGUCGGAGUGUGAUGGAGCAUUGUUUGGUGCAGUCAGUUCGCCCUCAACAAAGGUCGAAGGCUACAGUUCUCCAAUCGUUGCCUUACGCAAGAAGAUGGACUUGUACGCCAAUGUGCGACCUGUCAAGAGCAUCAAGGGCGGCCGAGCAGUCGACCUUGUCAUUAUUCGGGAAAACACGGAGUGUCUGUAUGUCAAGGAAGAGAAGUUGACCGUGACCACCGAAGGAUCCCGCGUGGCAGAGGCCAUUCGACGCAUCUCUGAGAAGGCCUCAACCCGUAUCGGCAAGAUGGCCUUUGAAAUCGCCUUGCAACGUCAAGCUAUUCGAGAAGCGAAUGCAGGCUCGUCCAUUCACACCUCUCCUAAAGUGACGAUCACGCACAAAUCGAAUGUCCUCAGCAUUACGGACGGGCUUUUCCGCGAGUCUGUGAAGGCAGCCAAGGCUGCAGACGCAGCACGUUAUCGCUCGGUUGAGACUGAUGAGCAAAUUGUCGACUCUAUGGUGUACCGCCUCUUCCGGGAGCCACAGUGCUUCGAUGUCGUCGUGGCGCCCAAUUUGUAUGGCGAUAUUCUCAGUGAUGGUGCUGCUGCGCUUGUAGGAUCUCUCGGCCUGGUGCCCUCAGCCAACGUCGGAGACAACUUUGUUAUGGGAGAGCCUGUUCACGGCUCUGCGCCAGACAUCGCUGGAAAGGGCAUUGCCAAUCCCGUGGCAGCCAUUCGUUCUGCAGCAUUGAUGCUCGAGCACAUGGGAUUCUCGGCUCCAGCUGCUCGCAUCUAUGCAGCCGUUGAUUCUGUUUUGCAAGAUUCUUCAUUACUGACGCCAGAUCUUGGAGGCAAAGGCACAACACGGGGCAUUGAAGAAGCCGUUAUCAAGCUCAUCAAUGCUUAGAGACUAUCUCUUACGCUCUCUUAUUCUUCCACGAGCUCGAAUACUACGCAGAAUAGCAUUUUACCAUCUCGCG